AGUAAUAUCAUGAGAUGUUGUGUUUUCAAUUGUUUACUAGUCCGAAAGGUUGUGUUAUCCUCGUCACUGGCAGCAGACACUCUGUGGUGUUCGAUUACAUUAGGUAGCAAGCGGCAGGACAGAGAUUGAGGGGUUGGUCACCAUGAUAUACAAAUAUGGAAGUGUUUGAUUAAAGAUAAACUCUAAGAGCAGUAGCUAGUUAGGCUAGACCAUAUGUAAAGCAAAUGUCUUGUAUUUGCCUGCAAAUGUUAUCCUUUUGUUAUGUUUUUUUUUUCUAUUCAACGCAUACAGAUGGCAGACGGUGGCAGUGAUAAAGGUGAGAAACCGCGGCCCAUCUUACACUGCGGAAUAUGCUUGGAGCCCUUCAACAACCCAAAGGCACUAGCCUGCCUCCACACAUUUUGUCAGGAAUGCCUGGUGAACCUGGUCGGCAAGAGGUCGUUUCUUACCUGCCCCACUUGUCGGACUUCGGUCAGCCUGCCACCGAAGGGAGUCCAAGGUCUUCCCGAUAACUUCUGGUUAUCGGAGUUGUCCACGUCUCCCACUAGACGGUCCAGUACGCUGUACUGGGAACACCUGAAUAAAGGAUCAUCAAAGGGUGCUAAUGGUGCAGAGAGGGACUCGGGCAUUUCGGAGACUGACAGUACUAGUCCUACUGGAGCAUUGAUGGAGAAUGACCUUCAACCAGUAGGGACAAGGUCAAAGACAAAGACAAAAACGAAGCUCCCACCAAUCUGCGGGAAGAACGUUCACAGUGACGAGGACGUUCGGUUCUUCUGCGAGCAAUGCGAGGAAACUGUUUGCGAAGGAUGCUUGAAGAAGCACGCUGGUCACUCCGUCUGUAACAUGGAGGAGGCGGAAGAGAUGAGGACUUGCGAGAUGCAGUCUCUCCUCGGGAUGCUGACGUCACAGGUCAAUGACCUGAACGUGGGAACCAAGAAGCUUCGGGACCACCAGAAACAGCUUCAGCAGGAGAGGGGACGGGUGGAGAGUCAGAUCAGGCGUACCGCUGGGCAGUGGUGGGACGCGGUGAAGCUAUGCGAGGAAGAGCUGUUAAAAGAGCUGGAGAGGGCGUACGAGAGGUUACGAGGACCCAUAGCGGACCAACAGGAAAGAGCAGAGGGAGUCUCUAUGGAGAUUGCUGCAAUCCUUGGUCAGUCAAGAGGUAAAUUGAACAGAGCCGGAGUCAUAGAAAAGCUGACGACCGUGCGCAAGCUUGGUGAAGCUCAUGACAAAGUACUAGACGUGGUAAAUGAAACGAAAAAUUUUGCAGCACAACGUAUCAAAUUUUCCCCGAGUAUCAUUCCAGGAGGUCUUGGACAGAUCGUGGUAGAAAGCAAAGACGUUUCCGACGAUAAGGCAGAUAAGAAGGUGACCAAAUCAGGAAAGAGAGACGCGUCUGGUCCAAGAAUCGAACAAGAGCUACUAGCAACAUCACCUAAGACCGUGCCGUCACCGACCCUCCCGCUAGAAGAAUCUGACUUGGAAGAAAAACUCCUCGUUCGCGCAAAAGUCACAACGAUUGGCGGAAGCGAGUCUUCAGGAGGCCGUAUCGACGAACCAACCGGCGUGGCAGUUUCCGACGACGGCUUCAUCUUCGUCUCUGAUUGGUCCAAACAGAGAGUGCGUGUCUAUGACGAAGAAGGCAGGUUCCAGAGAAACAUCCUUGUUGAGGAGAAGAGUAGCAUAGUCAGGCCGGGUAGAAUGGCUUUCGACUCUUCCAAAAGACAACUCUACGUCCAGUGUACCAGUUCUUCAGCGGCAGUUGGCGCCAAGAAAACAGUUAAGGCCUUCAUGGAGAACGGCAACCACCUGUUCGACAUCAGCUCGGGCCUGCACUGUCCGCACGACCUGGCCGUGUGUCCGAAGACAGGACGAGUGGUCAUCCUGGACACCGAGCUGCGGAUCCUGCUGACCGUCAGCUCCUCGGGCAGGCGUGUCCGGUCCUUCAGCUGUUACCGUGACGUCACCGCCCCGCCCCCGGUGUGCAUGAACUCCGUCGCCGUUGACGGGAACGGUGACAUUGUCCUCGCUGAUUGGUGGUACAACAACGUCAAGGUAUAGAUUUGCAUAUCAUUAUAAAAAGACGUA